AUGACACACCUAUAUCAUGACCCUCCUCCUCUCCCAAACCUUCAACCCCUGGACCCAAUAGGCCCAGCCACCGCCGACGUCUCUGUCAACUUCCCACCAAUCGAUAAUCCGGAGUCUCUCCCAAACAGUUACGUGGAUCCGUAUAUGCACGAUGCGCAAGCCGUCGGUAUGUGCAUUGCCCCGUGGAUGAAACAGGCAGAAACUUGA